AUCCACAUCCGGGGACUCUGACAAACAUCGGUGGGUCACGUGAUGCCGAGGAGCGGUCCGGAGGUACCAGGUCCCGCGCACUGGAUGAGGAUCUGACAAGAUCACAGCUGCAGGAAAAUGGAUAGUGAGGUACAGAGAGACGGGAGGAUCUUGGAUUUGAUAGACGAUGCUUGGAGAGAAGACAAGCUACCUUAUGAGGACGUUGCAAUCCCACUGAAUGAACUUCCAGAGCCUGAACAAGACAACGGUGGCACCACAGAAUCUGUGAAAGAACAGGAAAUGAAGUGGACGGACCUGGCCUUACAGUACCUCCAUGAGAAUGUCCCCCCUGUCGGAAACUGACUCCUGGCUUCUUAUGGAUGGAUCUUUCAAAAAUAUAGUGAUACAAAAUGUUUUCUUUCAGGUUCCUCAUUCAAAUCUCUCAGUAAUAAAAUUAGCACUCAAAAAUGGACAUCCACCUGCUGUGUAGCAGGAAUGCAGAAUAUUUGGUUCUUUAAACCUAAAAUUUUUUGCUCUCAUAUUUGGUUAAAUAUUUACCUUUAACUCUGAUUUUGCAUUGCUGUCAUAAUUUAACACUUCCCAACUACUUAUAUGUGUCCUGUGACACAGAGAGUUGAAAGUGUGAGAGGGGUGGGCAGAGGGGAAGCCAGGCGUACGGAGAAUGACCAACUUCUCACGUCCCCCCACUGUGAGAAGUCUUGUAAGUGGAUGUGACCUGUAGCUGUAUAUGCCUGUAUUGAUACAUAAGAUUCACCAGGGUAUUUUCAAACUUUGCUUAAAUUUGUGGAUUAAAAAAUUCCCUGAUAGUUAGCCUCCGCUCGCCACACGGCUCCCUUUGGUGCCAGGAGACAGAAUCUUUGGCUAUUGGACCACUAGGGUUAUCCAUUAAUGGCAUUUCUUAUGUCCUCAGUACCCUUGGAGAUAUAACCAAGACACCAUGAAACAUUUGUCCCUACUAAAACAUUUAUAAGAAUUUGUAAUUUGCAGAA